UUGUCGUUCGCAUUUGCAUUGAUAAAACAAGAGGUGAGAGAAAACGGAAAAAAAUAACACAAAACGGGCAGGAACAACUAAUUGUAAAUGCUAAAAAUAAUUGUACAGUCAUCGUUUCCGUUUGUGUUUUAAUAAUGAAGUUGUUUUUGAUUGAUUUCGGAACGAUAAACUUUUACGGCCCGUGUUUAGAAACAGUGGAAAGCCUGUUUGAAUAGAUUUCGUUUCCGUUUUUCGAGAUUCCACUUCAGCGAAUCCCGUUUCGUGGCUUGUGUAAUAUAAGGAGUGCUCUGGUUUGUGUUUUCUCGCUGGUAGGCCUGCUGGGAGUUUCCAGCUUCGCUGAGGACAGACUUCCUCUCAGCGCUGGAAGCAAUGGACGAGUUGGACACGUCCGGUUUCGCCGAAUUGCGCGACAAAAAUGAAAUCAUCCGCAAGUAUAUGGAGCAUUUGGGUCAGUUGAGAAGCCUGGCGGAUCGACGCGGACAAAUUAGCGAGUCAGAGUUCAACAAUUAUCUGAUUCGGCACUACUUCCACAAUAACAACAUCAUAAACUACAUCUUCGACAAAAACACCAGCCGCAUCUUGCUGAAGACGGUUAUCGAGCGGAAGAAGAAAAUCAUUAACUUUAUCUUCGUGCUGCUCACGCUGUUUAUCGUGUUCUCGUACAAGCACGAGGUGUCGACGGUGGUUCUGCGGAACAUUCAGAGUUUUAUCUAUCCCGGGAUGCGGGUAUGGCGCAAAGUGGCCGUCCCGAUUAUUGCCAACUAUCCCUCGCUGACGGAGUACUACGACGAGAGCUGCCUGCUGACCAACCCGUACUUCCAGGUGGAAAACCUUAAUUGCGAUCCCUGUGCGGACGUAGCCAAUGUGUUGGACCUGACCAACGUGGAGCAUGUGACCGUUAAUUAUCCGUAUAUCUUCAAAGCUCAAAAAGAGCAGGUGGACAUUGGUCAGCUGCAGGCACUGUUCGAGCAGCAUCGUGCCAUUUUCACGAAGGAUGCGUUCAAAAUACAAUCGACCCACGUGGACGUCCGGAAUCUGGACGACCUGUUUCGGCAUCUCACAAACAACACCCAACAGAUCGAGAGUCACAGCGUGUGGCGCUGCAACCGAAUGGCUCCGGCGAGGUUGCUGAGAACGGUUUUCCCCCGACCGGCGCGAUUGCCGGCCACCGGCGUUAGUCUGGAGCGAUACCUGAUAGUGGAUACCGCGCAGGCCCCACCGUAUCGCAUUCCGGACGCGGAAUGCGCCAACAUGUUUGUUAUUCAGGGACACGGCAGCCGGACGUUUCUGCUGCGACCUACGCAGGAGUGUAGGCAUCGGUGUCGGACGCUGUCGGUGCGGUUGCCGGCCAGCUAUGGGCUGAUCUACAAUUGGUGGUACUGGAAGCCAAUCUCCUUGCCGGAACAGUACGCAAAAACUCCCUCCGUCAGCUACAUUGGUUCGUACUGUUGAGAGCAGAGAUACGACCAACCCCCAAAAAAUAAGCCAAAUUUUCACGAUAGAAUCUUUUUCGACCACGCGGAAACGACAAUUCUGCUUCUCAGCUUUCAAUGUGCGAAAUUUGAUCAUGAUGUGGCAUUCUGUUCAAAACUCGUAUGCUUCCCAAGGGACACAAUAUGCAGUUUUAGUUUGUAAGCAAACCCAAAGUCUAGCCACCAUGUAAAGAAACCUUUUUUAUAUUGUGUGGACGUCAUUCUGUUAGUCGUUAGUUUUUAAAUUAUUUAAUUUACUUUUGUUCGUGUUAAAUCAAUGACUCACACCAAAAAAAGAAACUAUCGUACUCAUUAUCGCGUACUACCGAUUCACGUUCCGUCUUACGGCUGUCCAAAGUUGAACUCACGAUUAUAUCUCCUUUGACUGAUGAAAUACUAAUUUUAAGCUGCGAUAAAUUUAUUGUUUGUUAACGGCUUCCGCCAAAGCUAACACAAAAUCUAACUAGGUGAUAGGUAACAAGAGACCUAAAGGUCACAUAUAGGUAAAAAAUUGCUUCCCCAGAACCAACAAAUUAGUCAGGUUUUUUUUGAGAUGCCAUAACUGUUGAAACAUUUCGCCGCAUUAUAAAGGCGCCAAAUAGUAUUACUAAUUCGUACUACCAAAAGGAACAAAAUGGUAGUUACGGGGCAAGUGUGUGACUGAGCCGAGCUGAUCGAUGAGGUUGGAGUGUAACGUGAAAGCAAAACAAAAUAAGAAAUACCCAAACCAAAUUUAGUUGACGCAAAGCUAUAUUUUCUAGUGACUAGAUGUGGUGUGAACGGAAGGCGUUAAGUAGGGAAGAACCUAGAUUGCAAAAAUGAUGGUGACUAAUGUAGUGUAUAAAGCAUAUAUAUAUAUUUUUUUUGUAGAUACUGAUUACAUCUAAGUGAAUCUAUGCGCAUUACACAUGUAUAUCAACCGGAAACAGUAAAUCGAAUAAAGAGAAAUUAUUCACUGGAACAAAGAAGUUUUCC